ACUUCACUUUCGUCUUCUCUCUCUCUUUCUCUGUAAACCCUAAAAAAAAAGAACGAUGCCAGCUCCGACGACGGAGAUCGAACCUAUCGAAACACAGUCACUGAAAAAGCUCAGUAACAAAUCCCUCAAACGAGCACUUGAUCUUUUCGCUCCUGUCCAUGGCCAAUUCCCUCCUCCUGACCUCGAAGCCAAGCAGAUUCGUCUUAGCCAUAAGAUGAAAGUUGCAUAUGGAGGUGUAGAGCCUGUGAGUCAACCUCCACGUCAACCUGACCGCAGCAAUGAGCAGACUGGAACCUCCAACGCCCUUGCCCUCCCAGGUCCAGAAGGGUCCAAGAGUGUGCAAAAGGGUGUGACUGAGAAUGCCCUUGUUGUUGGUCCAACUUUACAGCCUAAAGGCUUGAACAAUAUUGGUCCCUCAGGCAAAAGCACCACUAUUAUACCUGCCACUGGAUCCUCAUCAUAUCAAAGGAAUCUUUCAACUGCUGCAUUAAUGGAGAGGAUACCAAGUAGAUGGCCCCGCCCAGAGUGGCAUGCACCAUGGAAAAAUUACAGGGUCAUUCAGGGGCACUUGGGUUGGGUCAGAUCUGUCGCAUUUGACCCGAGUAAUGAAUGGUUUUGUACUGGUUCAGCUGAUCGUACCAUCAAGAUAUGGGAUGUAGCAACUGGAGUUCUGAAGCUAACACUUACUGGGCAUAUCGAGCAAGUUCGAGGCCUUGCUGUAAGCAAUCGACAUACCUAUAUGUUCUCUGCUGGUGAUGACAAACAAGUCAAAUGCUGGGACCUUGAGCAAAAUAAGGUUAUCCGUUCUUAUCAUGGUCACUUGAGUGGUGUCUAUUGCUUAGCUCUCCACCCAACUUUGGACGUGUUACUAACUGGAGGGCGAGACUCUGUCUGCAGGGUCUGGGAUAUUCGUACCAAGAUGCAAAUUUUUGCACUCACAGGACAUGAGAACACCGUUUGUUCUGUUUUCACUCGGCCAACUGAUCCACAAGUUGUCACUGGAUCCCAUGACACCACCAUUAAAUUUUGGGACCUUCGAUAUGGCAGAACAAUGGCAACGCUAACACAUCAUAAGAAGUCUGUCCGAGCAAUGACUCUCCAUCCUAAAGAGAAUGCAUUUGCUUCUGCAUCAGCUGACAACACCAAGAAAUUUAGCCUCCCAAAGGGAGAGUUUUGCCACAACAUGCUUUCACAGCAGAAAACCAUAAUUAACGCAAUGGCUGUGAACGAGGAUGGUGUAAUGGUCACAGGAGGUGAUAAUGGAAGUAUAUGGUUCUGGGACUGGAAGAGUGGUCACAGUUUCCAACAGUCAGAAACUAUUGUACAGCCCGGUUCACUGGAGAGUGAAGCGGGUAUAUAUGCAGCGUGUUACGAUCAAACAGGUACGAGACUGGUAACAUGUGAGGCCGAUAAAACAAUAAAGAUGUGGAAAGAAGAUGAGAAUGCAACUCCAGAAACACACCCGAUCAACUUCAAACCACCAAAGGAGAUUAGGCGCUUCUAAUAACUUGUAUUAGCAUCUCAAAGCUGUUUGUUGGAAUCUCACUAGAUUCAUGAUUCUGGUUUCUGGAUCACCGUGUGAAAGGUUUUGGCGGGGAGAGAAAAGAAAAAAAACAAAAAAAGGGCCAUGUACUUUGAUGUAUUUUAAAGGCAUUUGUAAUUGAUUCACUUAACAAAAAAUAGAUCAUGUACUUUUUUUCUUUUAAUGUUGAGACUUGAGAGAACGUUUAACUUUC